GUAAUGAUUCGAAAGUCGGGUCGGUUCGUUCCCACUCUCGACUCAAACCCAACCGAAGGCCAAGGGUUUAGUGCGCAGUCUCCAAGCUGAAGGGAAGAAGAAGAAGCUCUGCGAAUCCCUUUCCAAUCCCAUCACCAUGAAGCUCCUUCAAACCAUUUCUGGUCACCGGCGUUCACUGGUUCGAGCCAUUGGACGGCGCUAUUUCGCCGCUUCGACCGAAGAGUACGCAAAGCGUAAUUACGCCAACAAUGAGUCGGAGUACAACACCGUCAUCGCCUCUCUCACUUCACAACGAAGGCAUUAUUUGUUGAGAGAUGUGUAUGAUGAUAUGAUGCUGGACGGGGUUAAGCCAGAACGAGACACAUUCCAUUCACUCAUUGCUGGAUCCAUGAAAGGCGCCCGCCUGCAGGACGCUUUCUUUUUCAGAGACGAAAUGAAAUCCAUGGGUUUGGUUCCUGAUGUUGCUUUAUACAACUUUUUGAUUUCUACUUGUGGGAAAUGCAAGAACUCUCAGCAGGCAAUCCGGUUUUUUGAAGAAAUGAAGAGAUAUGAGGUCAAACCUACUGGACAAACCUUCAUCUGUCUACUGAAUGCAUGUGCGUCUGCUGGACGAUUAGAUAGAGUGUAUGCGAUUGUGCGUGAUAUGACUGCAGCCGGUCUUGGGCUGAACAAAUUUUGCUAUGCCGGGCUUAUAGCUGCACAUAAGAAUAAUAUCCCUACAUCUGAAGAUGCAGCUUCUAAAAUUAUUGAGCUUGUUCAGCAGUCCAAAGGGUGGUCUUCAGUUGAAGCAUCAAGAGACAGUGCUGAAAAUGUUAUGAUGGGUAUUUCCGAAGAAGAGUUGUUUAAUAUUCCCACUUCAGAAUAUGUUCACAGACGCGGUGGAUUCCUAGAUCGGAAUUUAACUGUAUACCAUGUUGCUUUCCAUGCCUUUGCAGACCUCAGAAAUGUGCAGGCAAUGGAAACUCUUUUAGAGAUGCUCAAAGAGGGCAACAAAGAUCUUGAUGUCUUUAUACUGAUGCAAACCAUGAGGUGUUAUCUACAUUCUGGAUUGGUUGGUCUUGGUCAAAAAGUUUUUGAAGAAUACAUGAACUCGGGGAAGCCACCUAUGAUAGAAUUAUAUGUGACUCUUGCAGAGGGAGCAAUGUUGGGGUACACGGAGGAGGGAAUGAAACUUGCUCUUGAGACACUUGAAAAUAUGACCUCAAGGAACUUUUCCUUAAGCCUAAAAAUGGGAAGCGAUCUCCUCCUUGUAGCUGCUGGGGAAAAGUCUGGAGGGUACACUGUGGCAAAUUACAUAUGGGACCUGCUGCAAGCUCGCAGGAUUACUCCUUCACUCCCUGCUGUUGAAGCAUACUACAAGGGCUUAAAAGAACGCGACAUACCUGAAGAUGAUCAAAGGCUGAUUGUUGUCUCUAGAACUUACGACAAUUUGCGUUUGAGAUUUGGACCAGGACCAGGAGCUGGACGGUGAUCUUAGGGGGAAGAUGAAUGUUUCCUUCUGAUGCUCAUCCAUGUGGUUGCUCCUUUAGCUGCUGCUCCUUCCAAUGGAAUCUCACUUGGACAAGUACCUGAUAGAUAGAUAGAUAGAUAUAUCCAAGUCAGUUUUGUUAGGGUUCAUGGAGCUCGGUUAGUAGCUAGUAGCAAGCUUGAAGACAUUCUUCCAUUUUGGAUGGAGCUUAAUUUUUCUAUGCAUGGAGGUGAAAGUAUGAUGGUAUUUGCAUGAUACUCUCAUAGCUCUCUCCCAUAAAGUGGCUGGAGAUAGGCAUAGGCCUCGAUUAAUCUCAUUUAAAUAUUUAUUCUCUUAUACGUAUUAUCUUUAUUUUCAUAUUCAUUGGGUUCAUUGAGACUCU